AUGGCUCCCUCUGCGGCGCGCACAGCUGACGGCAUCUCGUCGCCAAUCGAGCUGGCGCGGGUACCCCCGUUUUGGCGGCGCAAGAAUGGCAUCCUGCUGUACUUUCUGCUCACGUCUUCGCUGCUUGCCAGCGCUGCGUUGGGAAUUGACGGGUCGAUGACCAAUGGCAUGCAAGUUCUCCCGACGUGGCAGGACCAGUUCGGACACCCCCAAGGCGCAACCCUUGGCUUCUUCGGCGCAUCGAGUGCCAUUGGCGGCGUGAUUCCCUUUAUAUUCCUCGGCUGGAUCAGCGACAGAUGCGGCCGCCGCGUCCCGACCGCCCUGGGCUCGGUUGUCAUCAUCGCCGGCGUCCUGAUCGAGUUCUUUGCCACCUCGCUGGCCAUGUAUAUCGGAGGCAAGAUUGUGCUUGGGGUUGGGUCCUCGCUGAUUCAGAUGGGCGCGCCGGUUCUGGUGACGGAGCUGAGCCAUCCCAAGGAGCGCGUGCAAAUCACCACGUUUUACAAUACGUCCAUUGUGCUAGGAUACGUGAUUGGCGCAUGGGCGACCUAUGGAUGCUUUCGCAUCCCUGGAUCAUGGUCAUGGAAACUACCGACGCUUAUCCAAAUCAUCCCUUCGGCGUAUCAGCUCAGCCUCAUAUUCUUCUGUCCCGAAUCGCCUCGGUGGCUCAUUGCCAAGGGCCGGAUGAGAGAAGCGCGCGAGAUAUUGGUCAAAUAUCAUGGCGAAUGCGAUCCAAACUCCGAAAUCGUCAACCUUGAAUGCCUCGAGAUUCGGCAGGUCCUCGCAAAGGAAGCGGGCCAGAACAUGACUUGGGUGGACUUUUUCUCAUCGAUACCAAAUCUCAAGAGGAUAUCUCUCUGCUUUGCCACGGCCGUCUUCAGCCAAAGCUCGGGUAACCUGCUCGUGUCAAACUAUCUCACGCAAAUCCUCAAAGACACCGGCGUCAAGUCCGAAAAGGACAUAACCCUCGUCAACGGCAUGGUGACGCUCUGGCAGUACAUGGUGGCGCUCGCCGUCACGGCCUGCAUCAACAAGUUUCGACGGCGCACCUUCUUCCUCAUCGGCUCUGGAGGUGUUUCGCUCACAUUCAUUGCCUGGACGAUUGGCGCUCAGCAAUAUCUCCAGCACGGUUCUCUCGCUGCUGGCCGGCUCGUCCUCGCCUGCAUCUUCAUCUUCCAGGCCUUUUACACAAUGGCCUGGACCAACUUGGUGGUGACCUAUCCACUGGAGCUGGUCACGUAUCAGAUGCGGGCCAAGACGUGGGCCUUUGUCCUGCUGACCGUGCAGGUGGCCACCAUUUUUGGCAACUAUGUGAACCCGAUUGCGCUGCAAAACAUUGGGUGGAAGUUUUACAUUUACUAUUGCAUCUGGGUGGCGUUCAUCUUUGUCAUUGUGUACUUUUUCUUCGUCGAGACGUCGGGGCCGACGCUGGAGGAGCUGGCGUAUCUGUUUGACGGGAAAGAGAGGAAGAAGCAGCUUACCAUCGAGAUCCAGCAACGAGACGACGAAGAGCUUCGCACGCAAACCGAGUCCCUAGGAGCAAAGUCGGUUUCCGGUUCAUCUGUAUAACGAAAUGACAGACUGGGGCCGCCGGUCUGCAUAUUGAGGAUGAGCAAGAUGUUGAUACUACAUAUGUAUAUAGAAUGGGCUUAUAGACGGGGCAUGGCGUUGACUUGAAUUCGGACAAAUGGACAUAGAAUACCUAGAUACCUCGGUCAUUCGACUUGAUUAAUACACUUCUGGAAUACCUC